AUGAGACUUAUAUCCUCUCUUCUAGUGUUCCAACUAGGUUUUAUAAUAUUUGGUUAUGGUUUAAAUAUACCCUUUAAUUUAAAUAUUGAAGAAUUAAAAUCAAUUGAAUCAUCAUAUAAUUAUAAUACAAUUUUGAAUAAAUUACAAGAAUAUUUUAGAAAAAAUAAUGAUCAAGAAUCUAUAUCACAUUAUACAACAUUAGAUAAACAAGAUUGGCCAAUAAAUCUUGAACAAUAUAAAGAUUUCCAAAUUAUAAGGUUUUGGUUAAAUUCUGAUAAUAUUGAAAUAUCUCAAAAAUUAUUGAAAAAAUAUGAACAUUGGGAAAUAAAUAAUGAAUUUUUUGAUUUGAAAAUUGACUUAAUUUCCAAAAAUCAAAUCAUUAAGGAUUAUCCAAAUUUAAAAUUUGAUAUAAUUAUUGAUGAUUUAGCUCAAUCAAUUUAUGAAACUUAUCCAUCAUUACCACAACAACACCAAAAACAAGACCAAUUCCAAAUCAAUAAAGAUCAAGAUUUCCAUACCCAAAGUGAUAUUUUUUUCAAAGAAUAUAGACCAUUAUCAACAAUUUAUGCAUGGUUAGAUAUCCUAAAAGAAACUUAUCCUGAUUUAGUUGAAAUUGAAUGGUUAGGACAAAGUUACGAAGGUCGAGAUUUAAAAGCUGUUCAUCUAAGUUCCCCCACUGGAUUAAAUCCAACAAAGAAAACUAUUGUUAUGACUGCUGGUGUUCAUGCACGUGAAUGGAUUAGUGUAUCAACUGUUCUAUUCACAAUAUAUCAAUUAUUAAAUAAAUAUGGGUCCAAUAAAAAGGAAACUGAAUUUUUAAAUAAAUUAGAUUUUUUAAUCAUUCCAGUUUUCAAUCCUGAUGGAUAUGAAUAUACUUGGACUACAGAUCGUCUUUGGAGGAAAAAUAGACAAGAAACUUAUAUACCAAGAUGUUUUGGUAUUGAUAUUGAUCAUUCAUUUGGUUAUCAUUGGUCAAGAUCUGAAGAUUUCCCAUGUGGUGAAUCAUAUAGUGGAGAAUUAGAAUUUGAAGCAAUGGAAGCUGCCAAUUUAGAUAAUUAUAUUAAUGUUACUAAAAAUGAUCAUGAAAUUUAUGGGUUUUUAGAUUUCCAUUCAUAUACACAAAAAAUUUUAUAUCCUUAUGCUUAUUCAUGUGAUGAAUUACCAAGAGAUUUAGAAAAUUUAUUAGAAUUAAGUUAUGGAUUAUCAAAAUCUAUAAGAUUGAAAAGUGGGAAACAUUAUGAAGUAUUACCAGCUUGUAAAGAUCGUGGUGUGGAUUUAUUACCUGGUUUGGGGGCAGGUUCAUCAUUAGAUUAUAUGUAUCAUAAUAGAGCUCAUUGGGCUUUCCAAUUAAAAUUAAGAGAUACUGGAUCUCAUGGAUUUUUAUUACCUUCAAAUUAUAUUAAACCUGUUGGGAGGGAAAUUUAUUCUGCUGUUAGAUAUUUUUGUAAAUUUAUUAUUAAUCCUGAUUCAUAG